UUUCUCUCUCUUUCUCUAGUGCUCCCUAGAUAUAAAGCUUUUUUGGAAGCUUUCGACACACACACACACAUUCGAAUGGCGACGCGUUUACGCGAGAGUCUGGACCGAACGCAGCGCGGCAAGACGCGUUGCAACGACGAGGCGGCAAAGGCGAGGCUUUAGUCGGGCUCAAACGUGCGCUCGUCACGGGGUGAAUCCCUACGAACGUGUUCAUCGAUCAACACUAUCGCAAUAUUUCUAGAUACGUAAUUCGGUCCACGAGUAACGAUCACGACGGAUACUGUGAUUUAUAUAAAAAUAAUGAACUUUAUUGACGAACGAGAAAUAACAAAAAUCUACUUGCGUGAACAAUUUUCUAGUGUUCCUAAUCGUUAAUUAAUGAUUUUGACUUCUCAAUAACCGUCCAUUAAGAAUUCUCUUUAGCUUCUCUUUAGAAUGUUUUUAUUAAAAAAAGUUAUAUAUAUAUAUGUAUAUAUGAUAAAUUUGGUGUUAAGUGCAUAUCUUUAUUCCGUAAUUAUAGAAUAUUCAAAGAUCCGAAAUAUUGGAACAGAGAGAUCUUUCAAAGUUACUCGUUGCCGUUAAAUUCGUUCAAUGUUUGAAUUAUCGAACGUUGUCGAGAAAUAGAAUAUUGAGAUUGAAAUGAUGAUCGGACGAUAAAAUAUUGUAUAACUAUACGCGGUAUAUAUUGAUAUAAGAAAAUAUGGCGGAGACGCAAGGUGUUUAUUGAUCGGGAUGAAAGUUUCAUGGUGAAAUAAUAGCCGGGAUCGUCGUCCCGGAUGGUAUCAUUCGAACUAGAGAUUGAAUCAGUUAGCAUCAAGGGAGGACAUUCUCUCCCAGGUUGUCACGUGACCUUUGCAAGAAAUAUUGACAAACUCGAUUCGUUUUCAAUGACUUUUUAUAGACCUUUCAUCAAGCUUCUUCGAAAUUCUACGUUUUAUACUUAUUUCACAAUAAUCGAUGUCGUCAAGGGAUGAGAUAAGAAGAGAGCAUGUGUGCUUUUGUGCCGUGAUUUGCUUUCGUCUUGGCUAAUUUCUGUACCAUCUUUGACUUCCUCCUUUAUUUAUCAUUUUUAUAAUUUAUUAUUAAAUCGAGUGGGAAUAUAUCAUCGAUACUAGCUACAUUAACGAGCCAAUAUUACGAUCGAUGAAAGAAGACGAGAUGAAUUUUUAUCCUGACAAAGUUAACGGUAUGCUGCUGGAGUGCUGUUACCGGAGAUGAAUCCAUGAUUGGCGGAAAUGGCAUAACUGAUUGGCCGAUAUUUCAUAAUUUCCGGUACGGCAAUCGCUGCGGAGUGGUAUCCUCUCUAUUACCGAGGCAGGCACCGAUAGUAAGAUCAGUCCGGAUGUAUGUACUUAAAUCCCGAGGAAAGUGCGAACAUGUUAAACGCUUCGAGAAUUAUGAAUAAAACGUUGCUAAAAAGCUGCUUACAAAAAUAGAUGAAAUCCGAGAUAUUUGAGAAGGAAUUAUUGAUUUUGAGAAAAACGCAAGAAGAAGACGUAUCGAAACUUAAUAAUAAGAAACAAACGUAGUAGCAAUCUAAGCAGUACACGUGAUGUGUAAAAGCAUUGAAUACGUCCGAAUGACUGUGACACGUUCAAAUAGCAAGUCGUUGGAAAUAUCAAGACAAUAUCUUUAUCGAGUUGUCUUCCAAGAACGAUUUAAGCGUCGCUUGUGGCAUCAUGGCCACGUGCGUUUCAAUAAAAGUUUUACAAAACAGCGAGUGAUCCUCGAAGGAUACGGUAAAGGACUCGAGGAUAGUUCACUGGAAGAAGUCACGGAGUAAUGAUCAGAGUCAGGCGGUUCGAGCUGGGAACCGCGACUGUUAAUUCGGUGAGUCCAGCCACCUGGAGUCGACAACAACGUCAAAGACGCGUCGGCUGUAACAGAUAUUCUUUGCUGAGAGUCUUUAUAGCAUUGUGUUGCAUAACUGGUGCUUACUGUGAUCGGUACGAGUGGAAAAAGAGAUUACCACGUGGUUUAAAGGAAUUACAAGCGGCCAUGAAUAGUAAAGCACAACCAUUGGCUCUUCUGGGCCGUUGCGAUUUCGACAAUUUCUGCGAUUGGAUUUUCAACGAUACUCUAGGAUUAAAUAAGACAACGGCAAGAAAGUUUACAAUUACAGCGGAGAUUAGUAAGUCGGAGAAAGGAAACUUUCUAUGGUUACGGGGUUUUGGCAGGGGCCAAUUAAUGUCAGAAGUUAUACCACGCACUGGAUCACAUUGUCAUCUAUUAUUAGCAUUGCAUCAAGUCAAUAUGAAAGACGGGGAAUUCAAUUUUGUUAUACAAACGAAUGGUCAAAGCUAUAUCGCAACUAAACGUAUGGGAAAUAAUAAUGCUAAGUGGGAGAUAACCAGUUUCAACAUUGGUGCCAUUGCACAACAUUUUCGUUUAUAUUUAGAGAUCUUUUUGCCCUAUAAGAACUCAAGUGUAGCUGUCGAUAAUAUUCAAUUGGUCGAUUGUUUUCCAGAAUCUCCACCGGAUGUUACGGUUUGCACGGACGACAUGUUUCGUUGUAACAAUGGUUCCUGCUUGAAUAGAACACGUAUAUGUGAUUUGACGAAGGAUUGUGCCGAUGCAGAAGACGAAGGGCUCGAUUGCGACAAAAUGCCACCCAAUUCAAGAUGUAAUUUUGAAGAUGGUUGGUGCGGUUGGACAAAUCUUCCUGGAAGUUCAUUAAAUUGGACUCUUCAUUGUGGUCCAACACCAACCGAAAGAACCGGACCAAGUUACGAUCAUACGUAUCGAAAUAUAACGGGUACAUAUGCUUAUGUGAAUACAGCGAAAGGAAUAAAAUAUGGUAGCCGAGGCACACUUGAGAGUCCAUUGUUUAAUCCAACACCACCUUACAGUAGUGAUCCUAAUAGUUUUUAUCAUCAGAGCUGUCAAAUCCGAUUCUUUUACCAUCGUUAUGGUGUACAGAGUGGUUCUCUCGGAUUAUACUUGGUUCAAGUGAAACCACAUCAAAAUAAUUCUAAAUUAUUAUGGUGGUCUUACGGUGACAAAAGCGAUGAUUGGUAUAGCCAAACAGUUCCCCUUCCAGAGAUCAGAUAUAGAUAUUUUUUGCAAUUUGAGGCAAGCAGAGGAUAUGCUUCGAAAGGUGAUAUUGCUAUUGACGAUAUUUCUCUCAGUCCAGAAUGCUUUGGUAUAGGAGUACCACCAGAAGUCGUUGGAACUUUUGAUUAUUAUAAUCCUAUAAUAGAGUCUGAAAGAAUACCAGAAGCACAUAUUGAUUUCGUUAAUGAAACGGUAAUCCAUAUCACUACUUGUGGUGCUACCGGCCGAAUAGGUCCAACUCUAAAACAAUGUAUGGAGGAAAAUAAUAGAACCGACAUCGAAUUGAUUGAAAAAUCAUCAGCACCUUCUCAGGAAGAUUUACCUGUUUUUAAUCUAGAUGGAAUUCAGAGGUGGACUGCACCACGUGGUGGAUAUUAUACUUUAAUUGGAAUGGGUGCACGUGGUGGGCGAGGUGCUUCCGGUACAGGAAGUACAUUGGGUUCACUUGUUCGUGGUGUCGUUGAGCUAGUAAAGGGUGAUCAACUUUAUUUCAUGGUUGGUCAGCCUGGAAUUGACGCAUGUCCUAAGAAUUUGGGAAUGCAGACAAAGGAAUGUCAAGCUCCAUUUGAUGGACCAUCAGAAACAGGCGGUAUGUCAUCGAUAUUUCACGAAGUGAAAAAAAUGGAGGUAAAAGAUGGUGGAGGUGGCGGUGGUGGUGCUACCUAUAUCUUCACUCUUAAGAAUAAUGGUGAUCAGCAACCAUUGCUUAUCGCUGCCGGUGGCGGUGGAUUAGGAUUACGUGUAGGACAAUCAGUGGAUGAUAGUAUACAACAUGGAAAAGGUGCUGCUCCAUCAGAAAGAUCACCUAGUUCUGGCUUAGCGAUUACUGAAAACGCAGGUCCUGGUGGUGGUUGGAAUAGUUCGAAUAGUAUGUUCCGAGUAGCUGCUGGAAUUCCUUUGGCUCGUGGAGGAAAAGGUGGUGCUGGCUGUGGUUCUGGUAAAGAAGGUUACGGUAAUGGUGGAUUUGGUGGAGGUGGUGGUGGUUGUUUAACAGGAGGUGGAGGUGGAGGUUAUAUAGGAGGUAGUACUGGUCUUAAGGAAUCCGGUAAUGGCGAAGGUGGAUAUUCUUAUGCUGCAACCGCUUUAUUACACGUUUAUUUUCAACCUGCUGCGAAUCCUGGACCUGGUGAAGUUUAUAUAAUACCUGCUAUAAGUGGUUGCAAAUGCGAUUUUCGUUGCAUUGCUCUCGAUAAAUAUUUAAGUGAAACAAGGUGUCUGUGUCCACCAGGUUGGGUUCUCAGCAAUGAUUCCAGAUCCUGCAUCAUGGCCACUGACCCAAAGGUGUCUCAUCAACUGUUUAUAAUUUUGUUGAUAUUCGCUAGCAUAAUUUUAUUAGUGGCUCUCAUCGGACUUGGCACGCUACUUUAUAUUCGCUAUCAGAAUCGAAAAACUCUUUUACAACGUCGACAGGUGAUGUUUGGAAACGGUACGGAACUAACAGCAUUGAGAGCUGUCUCGGACACGAUGAUGACCGAAUUUAAUCCAAAUUACGAAUUUGCUGGGAAUUUAUAUAGUUUUAAGGAUUUACCUCAGAUUCCACGUGAAUACAUCUCUUUGGUGAAUAGACCACUUGGGCAAGGUGCUUUUGGCGAAGUCUUUCAAGGAGUAUACAAAUACAGAUGUAACGAGGAGCAUCCGGUAGCUGUUAAAACUCUACCCUCGUUGACGACAUCUCAAGCGGAAGCUGAUUUCAUGAUGGAAGCUCUUAUUAUGAGUAAAUUCAGCCAUCCCAAUAUAGUACAUUUUAUUGGAGUCUCUUUUGACAGCCACCCAAGAUAUAUUGUAUUAGAAUUAUUAGCUGGUGGUGAUUUGAAAAAUUUCCUUCGAGAAGAAAGACCAAGAUCGGAUCGUUCUACUACGCUAACUAUGUAUGAUUUAAUAAUGUGUGGCUACAAUGUUGCGAAUGGUUGUAAAUACAUGGAAGAGGCACGUUUCAUACAUCGCGAUAUAGCUGCACGAAAUUGUCUACUCACCUGCAAAGGAUCUGGUCGUAUAGUAAAAAUCGCAGAUUUUGGUAUGGCUAGAGAUAUUUAUAGAAGUGACUAUUAUAGGAAAGGCGGUAAAGCUAUGUUACCUAUAAAAUGGAUGCCACCAGAAAGUUUUUUGGAUGGUAUAUUUACUACGAAAACCGACGUCUGGGCUUUCGGCGUUCUUCUUUGGGAAAUUAUGUCUUUUGGGUAUAUGCCAUACACUGGCUGUGCCAAUCGUGAGGUAAUGUCAAUGGUAACGUCUGGUGGUCGUUUGGAAAAGCCAGCCGGUUGUCCCGAUCCAAUUUAUGGAAUAAUGACGCGUUGUUGGCAUCCACGCCCGGAGGAUCGACCUAGUUUUGCGACCAUCACCGAAAGAAUCGAUUAUUGCUUGCAGGAUCCCGACGUAAUAAACCAUCCAACACCAAAUUACGAUAUUUUACCAGCUUGCGAUCGUGAAAUAACAAUUAUGAGACCGGAUCCUGAAACAGAAUGCAUCAAUGUCCAUUCGGACACUGCGUUGAUUGAUGGUUAUAUGCAGCCAAGAGACAUAGAAUUUCGUCCAGUGACUUAUCGCAUUGAACAAGUCACCAAUAAUAUGUCUUAUAUGCAUCAAAAGAAAUACGAAAGUGGACCUACGAACGAUAAUAUAUCUCGAAUGAGAGAUAUUCAACGAAUUGAACCAGAACAGAAUAAUUCCUAUAAGGAUAAUCCAAAGAAUCUGAACAAUGAAGAUAAUCUCGAAAACGCUCGUACGGUUCUUGACAACGAUGGCAACGACAGAACCGAGCACGAACGUAAAACGACGAAGACGAACGUCGAGGAAAAGGAGAUUUCGGAAUGUUCCGAUAACGGAAAUGAUCCUCCCGAGGAUCAAGAUGAUCGUUUCAGCGAAAACAGUGACGGCACAGACUUAGCGGCUGAUAGAAAAAACGGGAAUGAAAGUACUACAACGACUGACACUAAUUCUGAUUCAAUGGCUGUCGUACCAGCUGAUACUUCGACCGAUACGACGAGCAAUUCGACACCGAACACACGUACCUGUUCACCUAGUCGGAUCGUUCUCAAUGCUAAUGCUAACAACGUCAAUGGAAUAUUAAAAAAAAGUGCUUUGAAGGCUGCUCUAAGUUUGGAUCCAAGCGCGUUAUACCGCGGCACGAUUCAUUAUGAGAAAAUACCAUUCUCUGCACCACCACAACGUUCUAGCACACCUGGAAGUAUAGAGCUGUCUAAGGAUUCUCUUGGACACGAGUUACCUAGGCAGGAAGAAUGCUCUUGCUGAGAAUUGUACGACGGGGGCUGACCGGACUCCCCCCCAGACACUGCUGUAGCGGUAAUCGCUGCGAGGACUUGCAGGCAGCUGCAAAGAUCAGCGACGAUUUCUGCGAUCACGUUUAAAUUGACGGAAUCAUCGACCAUUCUUUGGACAUCCGCCGAUGAGAUGUCUUCGAGAUUUUAUUCCCAGGAGACGCUUUUAUAAAUAACGUUGCGAAUGAUCCAACAUUUUUAUUUGUUCGCAGGUUAUUACAUAUACAUACAUAUGUAUGUAUAUGUAUUAUAUGUACAACAAUUAAAUUGUAUAGAAACAAAUUAUUACAAUGACAAAAACGUAAUGUCCAUAAGUAAUUACAAUUAUAAAAGUACAAGAGGAAAAGAAAAAUACUCAGAUAUAUGUAUAUAUGUGCAAUUAUAUGUACAGGUUGAAUCGCAUUAUUUAUUAACGGUUACCGUUUCCAGUUAAAUAAUAAUCAAUGAAGAUAUAAAAUAAGACCUAACGUAUUAUAGACUGCUUCUAAUAUUGAGAGAAUUUUUCUAAAAAACAAUCUCUUGCUUUUGCACAUCGCAACAGUGAUUUCUUUUCCGUCUUUCUUUUUUUAAAAGUCAGAUACCGACUUGCAACGGAUCACUGUACAAUAAUUAUAACGCUGGGGGCGAAAUCACAACGACUACGACAAUGGGAAUGAUUGUAAUAACGACAACGGCGGUAGUUGGUAAUGAUAAGAGUAGAAAUAGUGUAGUAAUUGUGCAAUGUUUAAUAGGAUUAAUUGUAGUAGCAGUAGCAAUAGUAAUAGUAAUAGUAGUAUUAGUAGUAGUAGUAGUAAUAGUGAUAGAAGUAAUAGUAGUAAUAGUGAUAGAAGUAGUAAUAGCAGUAAAAGAUGAAAUAGCAACGACAACGUCGGAAAACAAUUAUAGUUACACGAGGAAAAAAUGUAUUUUAAACUUUCCAAUCUGUCAUUGAACAUGAAAUAUAUACAAUGGUAUUUUGAUAAUUCUACCA